AUGGCGGUUAGUAUGAAACAGAUGUCGUUGAUCGUCUCUGCGUUUGGCGUCUUGUCGUUUGUUCUUGGAGUAAUCGCCGAGAAUAAGAAGCCUACGUCUGGGACUCCGAUAACUGGAAAGGGAGUAGUUAUCUGCAAAUAUCCAUCUGAUCCAAGUGUUGCCUUGGGAUACCUUUCUGCUGCCUUUCUCCUUGCAUGUACUGUAGCAGGAUACAUCUCCUUGUUCAUCUCUUACAAGGGAAAGUCUGUUCCUCAGUCUGUCUUGUUCAAAAGCACCACCUUCUUUGUGUUCUAUACUAUUGCCUUGAUAACAUCUGGACUUGCAUUGUCUCUGUUGCUAUGGCCAACCAUUACAGAGCAACUUCACUUGACUCGAAAUGUUCACCGUAACUUAGAGUCCACUUGCCCCACAGCUAAGACCGGUCUGCUUGGUGGAGGUGCCUUUGUGUCAUUGGACUCGUGCCUUUUCUGGUUGGUUGCUCUGAUGCUUGCUGAUAACGCCCGUGAAGACCAUUUUGAUGAAGUUGAAAACAGAAACAUCGAUGCGAACUCAUCCUCCAGGGAUGUUAAUCUCAAGAUUGAUGCUUGA